AUGGCGUCCAAACCUCAUGGAAUAUACAAUAACCAAAACGCGGUGAAUUAUAUAAAUAAAAAAGGAAUCGAUGAACUAUUCGAGGCGAUUAUGACGGCGUUGAUGGUUCAUAAACCAGAUGAUCACAUAGCUUUUAUUCGUGAAUGUUUAGAUAAGGUGCAAAACAAUCCACAUCGUGUUCGUUGGGAUUUGUUCGUGACGAAUAACAAAGGUGCCUUACCAUCCCGACCACCAACUCUUCGUAAUCGACAAAAAAUCUUACCGCCAAUGCGUUCAACAAACUCAACACCGCGAACAAGUCAAUCAUUAGACCGAAAAGCUCCAGUAAAAGCGCCAACAUUGCCACCGAUUGACCACAACAAGCGUCUUUCUCAAAAUUUACCUCUAUUACUUCUUCUAAGUAAAUUUAGUGCUCUGAAAAAUGAAAACAAAACACUUAUUUUCCGUCCAGGUUCAUCGAAUUCAACGAAAUUAUGUGCACGAUUAUUAGAACGAUACAAUCAAGUAUCAUUUCUAUCCAUCGAAGAUAUUGCUAAUAUCGACUACGAUAGUCCUUUAGACCUUAGCAAGCAAGAACAUCGAUAUCAAUGUAUACAAAACGCCAUCGAACAGUACCGUUCGACUUCUCAUGGUUUUAUCAUAGCAGGUCAUCUAGACGAGAAACAUUUCUAUCGAAAAUGGCUCGAAAAACUUGGACGUAUUGACGCCAUGAUUAUUUUAUCCAGCGAUCGACUCAAUGUAGCCAAUCGAAAUCUGAAUAUAACUCAAAUCAACCCAAACAAUGAUUUCGACGUUAUUCUUGCCGAAGCCGCUCGUGUCACAGAUGAGAUUUUCCCAUUGAAUAUAUCUAAGACAAAAUCAUCUGAAUUGACUCAACCAACCAGCAAUGGUCAGCGUGUGCCGAUCAUAUUUUGUAUUGACAAUUAUCAGUUACCGGUGAAAGAAGCGAAACAUCCGAGAAUUAGUGCACGAUUAUCCUUAGAUGCCGAAUUCGAAAACAUUGAAGAUGAAAAUGAGGAGGAAAUCAACAAUUCAUUUGUACAUGCAUUAGCAGAACAAAUAGCGGAAGAUUUUUCGUAUAAAUCGAUUCAUUAUACUGAUUUCAAGCAAUCAUUUCUCCGUUUCGAUCAAUUAAAAACAACUAUGAUCGAUUCGAUGAGUACAUGUACUGGUUAUGUUAUUGAUGGUUUUCCAACAUCAUCGGAUGAACUUCGAAAAUUUCAAACUGAAAUUGGACCUUGUUCUGCGUUGAUUUACAUUGGUGAAGAGCAACCGGAGACGAAUAAUGAGGAAUUUAAUGCAAUUAUUGACAAGUUCAAAGCAGAAAACAAAGCUAUCUAUGUCGAUGGUCGAGUCGAAGUCGAUGAAAUUUAUGAAGAUCUAAAAAAAGAUAUUCUCAAACGUAUCUAA